GGAGGAGGAGGAGGAGGAGCCUCAGUCCGAGGAUGCCCGCCAGCUUCAGCUUCUGCGCCGCCCCGGCGGCCUCGCCCUGCGCCCGCCCCCCGACACGCGCGGACCUGCCAGCUGUUGGGGCGCGCCGCGCGGCAUCGUUUCAAGCGGCUGGCGGAUCGCCAGAGACGGCCUCAUGGCGUGCAUCGUCAGCCGUUUUUACCUGACAGCGAAGACUGAUAGGUUCCUAGUAGGGCCAAAAGAGGGCAUCGUGACUCCCGAGGGGGGUCUGGGCGGGAUCCAGACAGGGUGCCCCGGGACCCCCCCGGGAAACCGGAGAUUCCUUUUUUAGCCAACAGUAACGCACUUCGUGUUCUUCGAGUUCCCAGAACUCCAUUCCUGGGCAUGAUUUCUUCGAGAUUCCCAAAACUCCAUUCCCGGGCCACAUUUUG